UCCCAUCUGAGUCUAUCUCGCUCUGACCUAAAAUUCGAGUUCUUUCUCUGUUAUUUCAUCUUCCCCAAAUCUCUUCUCCUCCAAAUCGUACGGUUUCAACUUCAACCUACAGAGAGAAAGAAAAAAGGAAACUUUGUUAGUUCAUCAAAUCAAAAGGAUCUGAAUCUGAUUAGUGCUCUGCUAAUUGAUAACAAUCAAUCUCAGAAUUCGAUUAGUUGUACUAGUCUUUUUAUAUAUUCUCAAUUUAUUCUUCUUCUACUUCAAGAAACGUGGUUGAAGAUUUGUACACAGAGAGAAAGAAAGUUGGAUCAUCGAAGCGUCCGAUUAGUUCUACUGAUUUAUUUUUAUCUAUCUCAGAUAUAUCUAUCUACAACAAAGUACUGUGAUCUUAUAUAUAUAUUCUUAUUCAAAAUGAAUGAUCUAAUGACCAAAUCAUUCGCAAACUAUGUUGAUCUGAAGAAAGCAGCAUUGAAAGAUUUAGAAGCUGGCCCUGAUUUUGAUAAUCUUGAGAUGUCUGGAAAUCCUCAAAUGGAUCCCAACUUUAGUGACUUCUUAGCUGAAGCAGAGAAAGUAAAAGAGGAGAUGUCAUUGAUUAGAGACAUUUUGGGUACAAUCCAGGAAGCCCAUGAGGAGAGCAAGUCCUUGCACAAAUCUGAUGCUCUCAAGGCUGUUAGACACCGCAUCAAUACUGAUAUCUUGAAUGUUUUGAAGAAGGCGAAAAUUAUUCGGUCUCGCAUUGAGGAUUUGGACAGGGCGACUGUUGCUAAUCGAAGGUUGUCGGGUUAUGCAGCUGGAACACCUCUUGACAGAGCAAGAACUUCAGUUACAAAUGGUCUUAGGCAGAAGUUGAAAGUGUUGAUGAUGGAAUUCCAGGAUUUGAGGCAGAAGAUAAUGGCUGAGCAUAAAGAUACAAUUGGGAGAAGGUAUUUUACGGUUACCGGAGAGUACCCAGAGGAGGAAGUGAUUGAGAAGAUCAUAUCUAACAAUGGUGGAGAGGAUUUCUUGCAGAAAGCAGUUCAGGAGCAUGGAAAAGGGAAGGUCCUUGAAACUGUUGUGGAGAUCAAAGACAGGCAUGAGGCUGCCAAAGAGAUUGAAAAGAGUCUAUUGGAACUUCACCAGGUGUUCUUGGAUAUGGCAGUGAUGGUAGAAGCUCAAGGUGAUCAGAUUGACAACAUCGAGCAUCAUGUCACUAACGCUGCACAGUACGUGAAAGACGGCAGCAAGGAGCUUCACCAGGCCAAGGGUUAUCAGAGAAGCAGCAGAAAGUGUAUGUGCAUCGGUUUGGUAUUACUUCUCAUCCUUAUUCUUAUCAUUGUUAUCCCCAUUAUCACCAGUUUCAAGAGCUCCUAGGAAUCUACUUGUACUGCUGUAUAAAUGAAAAGACAAGAAGAUAUUCAAUGUGUUGUUUUCCUGUAGUAAUUCAGUUUAUUUGUUUUCCUACUUAUGUCUGGAGUUGUGCUCAAGCUCCUUGCAGAAAAGGAAUUAGAUGAGUUCUUUCGAAUCUUUGUUCUGACGCAUUGUAUCAAUUUCAAUUAAUGAAUAUCAUUCAAUUUGUUCUA